AUGGCGAGCCCGUCUCCGCUCAUCAAGUUCGACGUCUGCCUGUAUAAGAAGGAUGAGGUAUCCUACGAGGACUUCGUCGAAUGGGCCACCAAGGUCUACCCUGUCAAGGCGAAGCCCCUCAUCCAGAAGGAACCUCUCCGGCAUGCCCUCAAGACCGACAUGGGCCGGCCCGGUUGGACGAUCCCCGACUAUGACAUGGUCACCACAUACUGGCUUCACAGCCUCGAUGAUCUGCGGCUGCUGACGACGGACCCGUUGUGGGCCGAAUUAGAGGGGGGGGGGCGCAGGCCCGAACCAACAUGUGCAGGUGCAGGUGCUUCGGCAGACAAGGCUAGCACCUGA